CCAAACAGAACAGUUAGAAAUUUGGAAAUUGAUACUUUAUCCGAAGGAUUAAAUAGUGUCAGAUUUGGGGUUCGUUUUUAUUUCAGCCCACACUGCGAUCGGUUUAGCUUGCGCUGCGAUUCCCUUCUUCCUCGUUCGGCUCUGCUCCAAAACCCUAAGGUUUUCAGGCUCUGGCGUCUUCGAAUGGCUGGGGCCGCUCCUGGACAGUUGAAUCUGGGUGAGUCCCCCUCGUGGGGUUCUCGCAGCGUCGACUGCUUCGAGAAGUUGGAGCAGAUCGGUGAAGGAACGUACGGGCAAGUAUACAUGGCACGAGAGAUGAGAACUGGGGAGAUUGUUGCUCUGAAGAAAAUUAGAAUGGACAAUGAAAGAGAAGGGUUCCCCAUUACUGCCAUACGAGAAAUAAAGAUUCUGAAGAAACUUCACCAUCAAAAUGUAAUCCAACUGAAAGAGAUUGUGACCUCUCCAGGUCCUGAGAAGGAUGAGCAGGGAAAACAAGAUGGUAACAAGUACAAAGGAAGCAUCUAUAUGGUUUUUGAAUAUAUGGACCAUGAUUUGACUGGCCUGGCAGAUCGACCUGGAAUGCGAUUUACAGUACCUCAAAUAAAGUGUUAUAUGCGUCAGCUGCUCACAGGUCUCCAUUAUUGCCAUAUCAAUCAAGUACUCCACCGCGAUAUUAAAGGUUCCAAUCUUUUAAUUGAUAAUGAAGGCAAUUUAAAACUUGCUGAUUUUGGUCUUGCACGAUCAUUCUCUAGUGACCAUAAUGGCAAUCUUACAAACCGUGUCAUCACAUUAUGGUACAGACCUCCGGAGUUGCUUCUCGGGGCUACCAAGUAUGGCCCUGCUGUGGAUAUGUGGUCUGUUGGCUGUAUAUUUGCUGAGCUUCUUCAUGGAAAACCAAUCUUACCUGGAAAGAAUGAGCCAGAGCAGCUCUCUAAGAUAUUUGAACUUUGUGGAACUCCUGACGAAGUCAUCUGGCCUGGUGUUUCCAAGAUGCCUUGGUACAACAAUUUCAAGCCUUCGCGCCCAAUAAAGAGGCGGGUGAGGGAUGCUUUCAAACAUUUUGAUCGUCAUGCCUUGGAGUUGCUUGAAAGGAUGUUAACCCUCGAUCCAUCCCAGAGGAUUUCUGCUAAGGACGCACUUGACGCAGAAUAUUUUUGGACAGACCCUCUACCAUGUGACCCCAAAAGUUUGCCGAAGUACGAAUCCUCGCAUGAAUUUCAAACCAAGAAGAAGCGCCAGCAGCAGAGGCAGCAGGAGGAAACUGCAAAACGACAGAAGCUACAGCAUCCACAGCCACACAGUCGCUUACCUCCCAUCCAACAGACUGGGCAACCACACCCGCAGAUCCGGCCUGGUCCGAACCAGCCCAUUCACAAUGCUCCACCACCAAUGCCACCCGGUCCCAGCCACCAUUACGGCAAGCCACGAGGCCCCUCCGGCGGUCCUAACAGAUAUCCACAGGGCGGCAACCCAAGUGGCGGCUACAACCCCAAUCGAGGUGGUCAAGGAGGCGGUGGCGGGUACAAUAAUGGCCCGUAUCCCCAGCAAGGCCGCGGACCACCGCCUUACACUGGAAGUGGUGUACCUGGACCUGCUGGUCCGCGUGGCGGAAGCAGUAGCAGUUAUGGGGUCGGCACUCCUAAUUACCCCCAAGGCGGUCCCUACAAUGCCUCAGGGGGAGGUAGAGGUUCCAACAUGAGUGGGAACCGCAACCAACAACAAUAUGGUGGGUGGCAGCAGUAGUUGAAUGUGUGCAAUUGAUGAAAGUUUUUCUUGUUAUCUUCACUUUGAGUAUGAGAAAUUAGACACAUCAAAUAUGCCAGCAGAAUCAUGAUUGUGGAAUCAUAUGUAUUAUUCAAUUUCAAUAAAUUUUAUCAAGAGUAGUGCUGAAACACAUUCUAGCA